GUCAGAGGAGUCGGAAGAACGGACUCUUGGGGGCCGACUAAGACUUUGGCACAGAGAGGAUCAACAUGCAGACUAACAGCCUUUGGAGAGCGGCGCUCCUGGUGGCGACCCUCAGUGUCCACCUGAGUCUGGCCCAGUUCCCCCGGGACUGCGUGACCCCAGAGGGGCUGCGGAGCGGCCAGUGCUGCCCCUCCCUGUCGGGCCUGGCGGGGGACGAGUGCGGCUCCAGCACGGGGCGGGGUCAGUGUGUUUCCAUCGCUGCCGACAACCGGCGCCACGGCCCCCAGUACCCGUACGCCGGGCGGGACGACCGUGAGCGCUGGCCCCUGCGCUUCUUCAACCGCACCUGUCAGUGUAACGGCAACUUCAGCGGCUACAACUGUGGGCGUUGUCGACACGGGUUGACCGGGCCCAACUGUGACCAGAGGAUCUCUGUGGUGCGGAGGAAUUUGAUGCAAAUGAGCUCAGCUGAUAAACAAGCCUUCAUCAGCGCUUUGGACCGAGCCAAGAGUACCGUCCACCCCGACCUCGUCAUCUGCACCAGAAGGUACCAGGAGAUUUGGGGCCCGGACGGGACCACGCCCCAGUUUGAGAACAUCACCAUCUACAACUACUUUGUGUGGAGCCACUACUACUCCGUCAGCAAGACCUUCCUGGGCACCGGACAGUCCAGCUUCGGAGGAGUGGACUUUUCCCACGAGGGCCCCGGUUUUGUCACCUGGCACCGCUUUCACCUGCUGCAACUGGAGAGAGACAUGCAGGACAUGCUGGGCGAUGCCACCUUCGCACUGCCCUACUGGAACUUCGCCAUCGGGGGCAGCGAAUGCGACAUUUGCACAGACGACCUCCUGGGAGCCAGGAGCGCCUUCGACCUGAACUCCAUCAGCCCCAACUCGGUCUUCUCCCAGUGGAGGGUGGUCUGCGAGAGCGUGGAGGACUACGACAACAUGGGCACCAUCUGCAACAACACAGAGACCAGUCCCAUCAGGAGGAACCCGGCAGGAAACGUGGCGCGGCCCACGGUCCAGAAGCUGCCGGAGCCUCAGGACGUGGUGGACUGUCUGCAGCUCAACACCUUUGACACGCCCCCUUACUACUCCACCUCCUCCGAGAGCUUCAGGAACUCCAUCGAAGGCUACAGCGCUCCGCAGGGGGCGUACGACCCGGUCAUCCGCAGCCUGCACAACCUGGCCCACCUCUUCCUGAACGGCACAGGUGGACAGACUCACCUGUCGCCCAACGACCCCAUCUUCGUCCUGCUGCACACCUUCACCGACGCCAUCUUUGACGAGUGGCUCAGCAGACACCAACCAGGAGAGAUCGUGUACCCUGAAGAGAACGCUCCUAUUGGACACAACCGCCUGUUCAACAUGGUUCCCUUCUGGCCGCCCGUCACCAACGCCCAGAUGUUUGUACCCGCCCCCCAGAACCUGGGCUACUCCUACGAGGUCCAGUGGCCCGUGCGAGCCUACACGGUGUCUGAGAUCAUCACCAUCGCCAUUGUGGGGGCGGUGCUUGUGGUGGCGCUGAUGGGCGGAGUCACAGCCUGCGCGGUGCGAGCGCGGUCGUAUCGCUCGGCCGAGGCCUUGGAACCCCUGCUGGGAGACACCUUCAGGCGCUACUCGGAGGACGAGCGCAGGUUGGACAAGUCCCAGUCUGUAGUCUAGUCCCAGUCACUAGUCUAGUCCCAAUCUGUAGUCUAGUCCCAGUCACUAGUCUAGUCCCAGUCACUAGUCUAGUCCCAAUCUGUAGUCUAGUCUCAGUCACUAGUCUAGUCCCAGUCACUAGUCUAGUCCCAAUCUGUAGUCUAGUCCCAGUCACUAGUCUAGUCCC